AUGGAUUCGCUAACCGACGAAUAUUUGAUUUCAGAGGUGAAAGCAUUGGAUGAGAGAUGCAUUAUUCUAAUCGAUGAAAUCCAACAAAUACGAGAUGAAGUUGAAGAAUUAUCAGAGAAAGUGGAUCUAACGGAAGAGGAGACGCGGCUAAUUGAGAAGAAGCAAGAUGCUCUCUUAUUGAAAACGGCCGAACUCGACCAGUUGACGGAGCAAUUACGUCAAAUAACGAUACAAGGAAUUCCAGACUUGCUUUACGAUGAUUCGUUAGAACUCGACAAAAUACUUGAUGUGGAGAAAAUUCAAGAGCUAUUCGAAGAAAAGAAAAUAGAUAUAGAAGCGCCCAAAAUUCAAGAGAAAGAUCGCUUUGAAUUACCGCGAAUAAAAUAUCCCGAGGAUAAGUACAAGCUGGAAGAGACCUUGCUGGAGAAGGACGCUGCUAUCGAAGGUUUAGAGAAGAAGGUAUGCGGCCUGCAAGCCGAAAUGCGUAUGAUCGUCAAAGAGAAUAAGGAAUUGAGCAGUCGAUUGGCCACCUUGAGUCAGUUAAUGACCAGUCCUACUUGCGGUUCAGGUGUUAACCAAUUACCUCAGUUAACAUCGCCGCCAACACCACCACGUGCAUACGUCAGCUCGCUGCCUCGCGAAGACGCGUCCUGCCGAUGCAAAUGUUGCUCUCGUCAGCCACAGUUCACUGACAUUUUGUCACCGACAACAGGAACUGUAUGCUUUUCACCGAGACUCGCCGGAGGUGGAUCGGCAACAGAGACUCCCCAUUCCAAAGACAACGACAUGCCGCAAAACGUCGAAAUAUGUCCGCGAGGUGUUGCCCUCACGAAAGCAUCGCCCCCUCAAGGAAUCUGUCCCGCGGAAUUGGAGAAUAAACAAACGACCUACGAUAUUAGUGCUAAACAGCUAGAGCAGCAAUUGGGCAGUAUGGAGUGUGAAGUACGUAACAUGCAAAUGGAAUUGGCGAACGUGCAACGGGAGCGGCAGCAACUGGAGCAACAACGUAAAUUACUGAAAUGCACAGGACCUUGCGCACCGUGUGCCUGCCCUCCUCCGCCCUCGACGUGCGUGACACCCUCGGCGUUGAGGUCUAUCUCGCCGAUAGGGCCUGCUGCACCGCCGAUGCAGAUGACUACGCCAGCUGUACCCCCGAAAUGCACUGGUUCUUGCACAAACGCACCUAUGGGCGCGAGCAAUUGCGCUCAACAGCAAUUACGCGACCUUCGCGAACAAUACGCUCGACUGCAGGAAGACUAUAAAAAUAAGCUAUGCGAGGUAUCGUGCAUGAGAACUGACGCGGAGAAAAUGAAGCAAGAUUUGCGCGAUGCGAAGGAGGAGAAAGAACGAAUGGAGAUAAAGAUGAUAGACGCUCAGGAGCGAUUGAAGCUCUUCGAAGAGGAAAGGGGAAAUUUCGAAGGUCAUAAGGAACAGCUCGUCGAGCAGGAACAGGCUUUAAUGGUGGCGAAACAACGAAUGAGAGAAACGCAAGAUGAGCUGGAGGAGCUCCGUUCCGCCACUCAGGAUCUAUCUGCUCAACUGGAGGACUAUCGCAAUAAAUAUUUGCAAGCCCAGCAACAGGUUGAAGAGCAACGAAGACAGAUGGAUCUUAUGGAAAUGGAUAACGCGCGAAUGAAUGAGAAUGUCACUUUGGAGAUCGGACGUGUUAAAAAUCAAUUCCAAGAAAAAUUAGCCGAGCUUGCGCCGUUGCCGGAAAUUCUGAAACAAUCGCAAACUAAGCUGCAAGAGACGCAGCAAAUGCGCUUGAUCGCUGAACGCAACUGCGAGGACCUGUCGCGGGAAUUACAAGGAUGCAAGGACAAACUUCAGAUUCAGCAAAACGAGACGGAAGUGUUGCGUACUCAGUAUCAAACACUUUUGGGCGAAAGGGGACAGGGAACCGGUCGGUUCGAAGAGAUGGAAAAGAAGUGCGGUGAACUGCGAAAUGAAAACGAGAGGAUGAAAAACACACUGACACGGCUCGAGGAGCAAAGGGCGCAGCUUCAAAAGCGCAUGGACGAGAAGAUGCACGAAAAUACUCAGCUGUUGUCACAGUUGGAACAAGUGAGGGAGGAGUCUGCUCGACAAGUAGCCAGAACGAAAGAUCGAUGCGAAAAUAUACGAUGGUCGAUGCAACGGCAGAUCGCUGAAAUGGAGAGAGAAUUGGCACAAUGUAGAGCCACAGCGCGGGCCGCGCAGCGAGACAGAGACGAAAUCAGACAAAAGAUGCAGGGUCAGAUAAAUAAUUUGAACGAAGCCUUCGAACAAGCGCAAGGGCGCAUUAGAUCUCUGCAAGGCCAUGUAAACUACCUCAAGACCUCUUACAGUAAUAUCUUUAUCGGUCAAGGAGAAACACCGGCUGGUGUUCCGGCAGGAGACGCUCCAGGCUUGGGAUACGAUUCCUGCGACUGCAAUUACUAAAAGUUUCAUGA